AUGCUUGCCAUGUCAAUGAAUAGCAACAAAACCAAGUCUGUCAAGUCCCGUCUGGGACCAAAGUCUGGAAAAGCAUCUGCAGGGACUGGUAUGCAUAGUGGUUUCAAAACUGGCGGAGUAUCCAAAAAGUCGGAUCUACGAGAUUCAUUGAGCAGCAGCGACUUGAGGAGUAUAUUAAAAUCCAAACCAUCGGGAAAACCGACCAAACCCUCUGCACAUACUAUAGUAAAAGCAUCUGCAGCAACUACAACACCAAAAGCAUCUGGAUCUCACCCACCAAAGCGUCAAGGGAAACAGUCUAAUAUUGAAAUAUCGUUCAACUCUUCAUAUGGACAGUUGCGAUCAUCUGCGUUUUCUGAAGAGCUUGCAAAGAUACGACCGCUUUCUAAUCCAUCAGUGCCUACCAAUAAUCGUAUUUUUCAAAUGGCUGUCAAGACUACAUCCGAGUCUGUUUCACCAGCCAUUUCUCGCGCUACCACAUCUGCUACGCAUAUAAACCGCUCAGCUGCUCUUUCUACUGCUGACACCCGAGCCUGUUUGGCAUCCAAUGUUAAUUCGAGAAAUCAUGCUGGAUUUGCCAUUGAAGUUUGCAAUUUGCACCCAACCACCUCUAUCGCAGAUCUCAAACUUGCCUUUGAGUCAUUGGGAUCUAUUCGACAAGUGGAAUGGAUAAACACUCCUGGUGAUAACACUUGUCUUUCAGCAUAUAUUGUAUAUGACGAAGAAUUGGCUGGUCGAACUGCUAUUUCACGGUACAACAACAUGCUUGCUGAUGGAAAAAUAUUAAAAGUAACUCAUGUCAAUCGCGGACUUGCCAUUGCAGGCAUUGCAUCAAGCUUACCUCGCACCCAAUUUCCAUCUAGUACCACUACUCAGGAUCAGAUAAAUCAGUCAGUGGGUACUACUUUUCCUGGUGCAUCCCAGCAGUUGCUUCAGUCCCACUUUUCCCAUGCCAACUCGCGCAUGGUUGGUGAUGAAUUCAAUGCACCAAGCGAUUCUCAAUUCACUGCUGUAUUACGCAGAACAGGAUACUAA